AUGCGUGUCAAUACAAACGAUAAAUGCUCACAUCAGAAAGACAUCGAAAAUUUAACGAAAAUAAAAGGAAAUAAUACAUGUGCUGAUUGUGGGGCAAAAUGCCCAAGAUGGGCUAGUAUAAAUUUAGGAAUAAUAAUCUGUAUAGAAUGCUCAGGAAUACAUAGAAAUUUAGGAGUUCAUAUUUCUAAAAUAAAAUCAUUAACAUUGGAUAAAAUUAUGCCACAAUGGAUACAUUGCAUAAAAACUAUAGGAAAUGACUUAUCAAAUGCAUAUUACUUGUACAAUUUGCCUCCUGAUGCAUAUAGGCCUAAACAAGGAGACUCUUCUGCGGUUAUGCAAGAUUGGAUCAAAAAUAAAUAUGAAAAAAAACUAUAUGCCCCUUCUAAUAGGAAAGAACCAAGCCAAUAUUAUAUAGAAGGUAUUGAUCCAAGAAACAGUAUUAUGGUACCUGCACUACCGAAUACUGAAAUGAGCAAAGGAAAUGAUGCUUCUAAGCACCGAAUAAAUGAGCCAUCAAAUUUAAAAAAUGAAUCGAAUUCUGUAAAAAAAAAAUAUAACUCUGAGUCUAGUGGCAUGUUUGAUUCCCUACGAAUUAUGGACAACUAUAAAUUGGAAACCUCAAUUGAAAAUAAAAAAAAUAAUGAUUAUGCAACAAAAAAUGAUAAUUUUAUGGAUUUUAGUAAGGAUAUAAUUUAUAAAGUUCAACCAAAUAAUAAUAUUAUGUGCUCCUUUGAUAAUUUAUAUUAUAACGAAAUGGGGGUAGAUAAUAAGAAAAAUAGUAGUAAUAAUAAUAUUGGUAACUUUCGAAACUCUUAUUCGUUUAAUGAUUUUUCAAAUAUAAAUAAUGAGUUUUUUGAGAUAACUCAUGAAAAAAAUUCAAAUACUUCAAAUAUACAAAAAACAGACAAUUUAAAAAAUAAAAAUGGCUACACAAAUUAUUCAAAUAAUAAUCAAGUUAAUAAUAAAAAUCUUAAUAAUAGCAAUAUAGAGAUAAAUACUCCCAAUUAUAGUUAUAACUACAGUUAUGAAUAUAAUAACAAUCAUAGCAAUCAAAAUAUUAAUGUAAAAAGUUAUAGUAAUACAGAACAAAGUAUGAACAAUAAUGAAAAAAACAAUUUUCAGAAAUAUAGUGGAAAUAAAAAUUUUAGUAAUCAUAGUUCACUUUCAGAAAAGGAAUUAAGAAAUGCAAAAGUCCAAGCGGCAAAAAAAUGUAUUGCUCGACUUUUUGCUAAUUCAAAACAUAAUUCAUAUUCCAAAAAAAAAACAUCAAACGCAAAUUUUAAUAGCUAUUUUACGAAUGAUAAUAAUAGUAAUUAUUCCUAUAUGAAUGAUAUACAUUCUGAAAAUACAGAAAGAUUAAAUUUAAAUAAAACAUCACAAACAAAUAUUAUAAAUACUAGUGCAGAUGAUAAAAUUAAAUCAGAUAAUAAAUUUGGAAAUUUCGAAAAAAAUAGUUCCAUGAAAAAUCAAGAAAACAAUAAUAAAAAUAUCGAUAUUUUUUAA